GCUCGAGUGGAAACCAUUUUAACGGGUCCUCGACAGCUUGCCUUAAGGUCUUUCAUUUCUCUUUUCGUCCCUCAGUUUUGUUCAUAGAGGCUACUAUUGCUAUAUACUUCAAUUCUACGGAUUGAGAUCGAGGCUCUUUGAGAACUCUAGUACCUCGUUGUUUGAUUGGUAUCUUUGGUGAAUUUGAAUGGCUGGGAUUUGCUGUGGAGUAGUUGGAGAAGGAGAAACGCCGGCUCCGAUCGAGCCUAGCUCAAGAACUUCAAGGCGCCGGAGAAUGGAUAUCCUUCCCUUGAAACUGAUCGCCGAUGCGGCCGUACAACCGGCGACUCUGGAGAACGGAAGGAAACGCCAGAAGCUCAACUUCUGUCCUCCGUCAUCGCCGCCGCGCGAGUGCGAGACCAGAGUGGAAAAUUGCGUGUCCAGCAAAGAGGAAGGGAAAGAAUCAAAUCCGAAAAAUGAGGUGUUGCAUUUGAAUGGAGCACUGGAUUCGUGUGAGAGUUCCAAGUCCGCGGAGGCGAGGAGUGAGUGCCCCAAGUUCGGCGUGACCUCUGUUUGUGGAAGGAGAAGAGACAUGGAAGACGCUGUCUCGGUUCACCCUUCGUUCUGUCACCAAAAGAAUGAGAUUUCAAACGGAUUCCAUUUUUUCGGUGUGUUCGACGGCCAUGGUUGCUCUCAUGUUGCUAUGAAGUGUCAGGAUCUGUUGCAUGAGAUAGUGAAGGAAGAGGUGGAAGGCGUAGGUGAGGCGGUGGAAUGGAAGGGCACGAUGGAGAGGAGCUUUGAGCGGAUGGACAAGGAGGUCCGCCUUUGGAGUGGCCCUCUCAAGAGCUCCUCGACCUGCAGGUGUGACAUCCAGACUCAGCAGUGCGACGCCGUUGGAUCCACUGCCGUCGUGGCUGUCGUGACACCGGAGAAGAUCAUCGUCUCUAACUGCGGCGAUUCUCGCGCCGUUCUCUGCCGAAACGGUGUCGCUAUUCCUCUCUCCUCCGAUCAUAAGCCAGACCGACCCGACGAAUUGGAACGGAUCGAGGCCGCCGGCGGGCGAGUGAUUUACUGGGAUGGUGCCAGAGUCCUUGGAGUCCUGGCCAUGUCUAGGGCAAUAGGUGACAAUUAUCUGAAACCAUACGUGAUUUCGGAACCGGAGGUGACGAUAACGGAUCGGACGGCGGAGGACGAGUGUCUAAUCAUAGCGAGCGAUGGCCUCUGGGACGUGGUGUCCAACGACACCGCGUGCGGAGUGGCGCGCAUGUGCCAGCGCUCGCGGAAACCGCCGUCGCCACGUGGGUCCCCGCGUAGCGACUUGGCGGCAGCACCUCCCGUCGCCUCAAAGAGCUCGGACAAGGCGUGCUCGGACGCGUCCGUGUUAUUGACCAAACUGGCCUUGGCUCGGCAUAGUACGGACAAUAUCAGCGUCGUGGUGGUGGAUUUGAGAAGAAAUCAUCACCAAUAGUCUUAAUAGGAAAACAGAAGACUAAUCUUGGUCAAAGAAAUCAAAAAUUAUGAUAGUAGCAUCCUGUUGGUAAUUGUAAUUUUUAGGGUGAUCUUUUAAAAUCCGAAAUCGAGGAAAAAAAUAGAAACCAGAAACAAGAUUUAUUUGUUUCUGAUAUAUAUAUAUAUAUAUAUUUGUUAUUUCUUUCAUUUU